GACACAGUCGGGAAAAAUGCGCGGAGCAGUCGUUAUUCUCUAUUUCCUCGUCUUUCUAGAUGAUGAGAUAGACGGACGUGCGACGUAUACGGCGCAUCCGAAAAUUAUCGGCGGAGAAUCGAUUGACAUCGCACAUCGACCUUUUACGCUCUCUUUGCACAGUUCGGAUGGAAACCUGUGCGGCGCCAGUAUAUUAUCGGAGACAUGGGUCAUCACCGCCUUCCAUUGCUUAACUUCAACGCGGCGAUUGAAAUAUCACGUACGGGCUGGAUCAAAUAGAUGGGACAGAGGCGGGUCUGUGCACAAAGUCAGGAACAUUCGUGUGUAUAACAGCACGUAUAUGACUUGGCUUUCCGAUGUACCAUAUCACGAUAUCGCACUUUUCAAAGUGAAACCACCGUUUCGCUUCUCAAGAACUGUUCAACCGAUCCGUCUACCAAGGUCAUCAACCGGCGAGAUACCGCGUAGACUCUUUGUGUGCGGUUGGGGGCACACGGAGAUCGGAAAGGAGGCAAAAGAAACCGAAACUCUCAUGGGCGUUCACGUUCGACACGUGCCGUUCGAAAGUUGCAUUAAGGCCACUGUGGAUUACACAACGCUCAUCCGAGGCAUUCAUUUGUGCUAUGGAACUGAAGGCAAGGAUGCCUGUUACGGGGACUCCGGAGGAGCGUUGUCCAGUAAAGGAACACUUUACGGUAUCGUGUCCUUUGGUCAGUCUUGCGGAAAAGUGCCCGGCGUGUACGUCAAUGUGUCGCAUUAUUUAACGUGGAUCAAAGACGUCACGAAUUUAUGAUUCUACACAUCUGACUCUUUCCUUCCGAUUGCUGCUGCGGCCUUGACGAAUCUUUCACGCUAAUAGUUAACAAUGAAAAAAAUUUUUUAAAUUGAUGCAACCGAUACCUGUACAUUUUAAUGUCUAAUGACUUUUCUUCUCACGGUGAAUUGCUUCGCAAUUAUUAGAAACGACUGUAAUUUUUCUCUGUACGAAAUAAAUCGUAGUGUCUUAUUGAAGUGAUUAAAUAAAAGCCGACCCAAUUGCUUUGUCGUAAAAUAUCGACACAAACCCGAAGAGAUUAUUCGACGUCGGUCGCACGGCGAUAAAAGUGCCAUGUUCCUACAGGUAGGUUGAAAGUAUUGUUUUCGAGAGAAUAGACACAAAAGGUAUAUCGAAUCACGGAGUCGUGAACCCUCCUAUGUUCAGGUCCGGUGCGUGCAGGAAAUCCACAACGUGUAUGUACGCAAGUGUAUUCUACGCAAGAGUAUCGCACACGCAUGCACGCGGCACACGUAGUUUUCGCUCGUGCAGGGCCGAAUAACAGAUAUGCGCGACCGUUGCUGUAAUGUACACGGACAAAUGUUUAAAUUUACGUAAUAACGAAA